GGGGUUUGGCUGCUGAUAGCCACGUGCCCCCAUCAUGGCCAGCUCCUCCCUUUGCUCACCAGGCUCCAUAAAAGCUCUGCCCUGUGUGAGCACCAGCAUCCACCGCUGCUUCUUGGCUCAGCUUGGAAAAGGGCUGAUCUCUCUCACACCAAGAUGUCUUGCUACGACCUGUGCCCACCAAAAACCAGCGUGGCCGUGCCCCAGCCCAUCGCUGAGAGCUGCAACGAGCUGUGCGUGCGCCAGUGCCCCGACUCAACGGCCUUCAUCCAGCCACCGCCCGUCGUCGUCACCUUCCCCGGCCCCAUCCUCAGCUCCUUCCCCCAGCAAGCCGUGGUGGGCUCCUCCGGAGCACCCGCCUUUGGGGGCUCCCUGGGGCUGGGGGGCCUCUACGGCGCCGGGGCCACUCAGGGCUCGGGGGGCCUCUGCACCUUUGGCAGACCCUACGUGUCUCCUGCCUGCAGCCCCUGCGCCUUGCCCCGCUACAGCAGGAAGCUGUGGGACACCUGUGGGCCCUGCUAAACCCAGGUGCAAGCCUCCACUCUUCCUCCAUUUUCAUACUGUAUAUGGAUCUCUAAUGUCUACUUUGUCUUCUAUGGCCCUGAACUGGGCCCUGUGCUGGCCACUGCCUUGAGGAUGCCUCCAGAAAUGCUUUUCCUGAAGCCCUAGGCACCUCCAUCCUGCCUAGGACUCUACUACAUCUUUGAUGUUGUGUCCUUUCCUGUCUUUACAAUAAAAUAAGCCUGCAUCCAA